CAUUUGGCACAACUUUUAACUUGCCGUUAAAUUAAAAAUUGGAUCUUUUCCUCUUGUGGGGGGAAGAAGAAGAAACAAGAAAAGGAGGCCAAAGCAGCCGAAGAUGGCGUUGCAGACGGGGGUUUCCGGCUCCAAGGUUCUCAUCCUCGUCGGAGCAGGCUUGACCAGUUCGAUAGUUUUGAGGAGCGGGCGAUUGUCUGAACUUAUUGCACAGCUUCAGGAUAUACUGAAGGGUGUAAAUGAAGCUGAUAUCUUGCCUGAGAAGUUUGAUAGUGCAAUUAUCAGAUCUCAGAUUCAACAAUUGGCUCGAGAAAUCAGGGAGUUAACCUCAUCUGGCCCUGUAACCAUCUACAAUGAGAAUUCUUCCUCUAGUGCAGGGAGUUAUGCUUCAUAUUUAGUUCCAGCUGCUGCAAUUGGUGCAAUGGGCUAUUGUUACAUGUGGUGGAAGGGCUGGUCAUUUUCUGAUGUAAUGUUUGUAACAAGGCAUAAUAUGGCAAAUGCUGUUGCAACCGUGUCCAAACAAUUAGAGAAUGUGCAUGAAACAUUGGCGAGUACAAAAAGGCACCUGUCGAAGAAGCUGGAAAACUUGGAUUGGAAGGUGGAGGAGCAGAAGGAAAUAACUCAGCUUAUCGCAAAUGAUGUGAAUGAGGUGAAAACAAACCUUUCUCAAAUUGGGUUUGAUGUAGAAAUGAUUCAUCAGAUGGUGUCUGGGUUGGAAGAGAAGGUCGACCUUAUUGAGGGCAAACAGGAUGCAACCAACUCAGGUCUAUUGUAUCUAUGCCAAGUAGCAGAUGGCGUCAAAGGUCAGCUGGAUACUAAACCCGUACAGAAUGUCUCAGCUAAGCUAGGAAAGCAUUCACCAAUGGCUAUAGAGGAUAAAUCACCCAAGGGCCUUCAAUUCUUUGCUGACAAUGAAGAACGGAGCACAACGGAGAAAUCAAUGACGAAAAAGAAUGAUCCCAACAUCUUCCCUGGAGAAAAAGUUCCAGCAAUAAAAACAAAAAUACACCGGUCAUAUCCAGUUGGGAUUUCUUUGACCCGGGACAAAAUGGGCUCGGGUAUAUGAUUUUUUUGUUUGUUUUUCUUUUUGGUUUUGUUUUCGUCAUAAGUGAUUUAUUUUAUGAAGGGCCGCCUUCGCAAUUCAUAUUUCAUAUUGAUUCUUGCUGUAACUUCUGACUUGUUCUCUGCUUAAGGAGAAUUACAGGGAGUGCAAUUUGUGGUUGUCAUACAUGUAUAAAAUAAAGUUGAAUAGUCUUGUAA